GUUCCUACCUCACCCCCUUCUUCCCUCCCGCCGCAGGCCCACCCGCAGUACAACAGCCAGUACGCCGUGAAGGACGACUACGCCGGCCUUAACUUCGGCGCCCAGGAGGCCCGCGACGGCUACGACACCCAGGGCUCCUACAGCGUGCUGCUGCCCGACGGCCGCCUCCAGACCGUCACCUACUACGUGAACGGCGACUCCGGCUACGUGGCCGAGGUCACCUACGAGGGCGAGGCGCAGUACCCCGCGCAGGGAUACGGACACCAGCCUUCCUACGGCCACGCCCCCGCCCCAUCCUACUCCCCAAGACCUUCCUACGGCCACAACUGAAACCCAUCCCAGCCUACAGGUCGCCCCGCCCCAAACUGAAAUACUCAUCCCCACCAUGGCGGCCACUGGAAUACCAGGGCGCAGCAACACCCUCCCCCCUCUCAUCCUUCCUUAUUUCGCCCAUUACCCCACCCCCACCCCCACCCCUGCUCCUCCUCCCCCACCCCCUUCACGCUGCUUCAUCUUGAUGGAUAUUUAUUCUUCUGUAAUUAAUAAACGAGCUGAGUGAAAGUCACUGGGUUAGCUUCCUUCUUAAUCACCAGAUGAAAUCAGAUAACUUUCAGAGUUCGAGGAGUGAGGAAACACCAUUAGAAUUAUAUUACCUCUUGAGUGACCCCAAAAAAUUUUUCUCUCUAUUAA